GGUCAUUUGAUGAAUCUGUUUUUCUUUUACACAAACCCUCCUCGCCUGUCUGAGUGUUGCAUUAGUCUGUAUUCUGAAGACUCUGCUGGAGGGUAAAAGGACAUUAUUAUCUCGGUGUUUCUCGCUGUUUUGUUCCUGUUUACAGCUUCCUCUCCGUCUGUAAAGGCGCUUGGUUAAUUGCACCGCGCAGCCAGUAUUUUUAGCAUAUUUGCCAGAGGCGGGUGGAGCUAAAGAGGCGGAGAUGGAGGGAUGCUGCUGAGGAGAAAGCAGGUGGAGACCGCGGAUGUUUACGGGAUGUACUUUGCGGAGGGAGGAUCACAGGAAGCAGGAUAGCAGGUUUUAUUUCGCGUUUCUGAGACUAAAAUCCUUUUAAAAUCGGUUUUAGUGCGAAUUUUACGCGUUUGGAGCUGAAAUCCGAAGACUUGAGCCGCUCAGGGACACCGACAGGCUGAGAAAGGAUCCGUCUGUCUGUCGUGUCGAUGGAGGUUGCGACGAUGUGAUGCUCCAUCCAGGCUUUUUUCCCUGAAACCUGAUAUUAUGCAGGGAACAAGGGGCGCUGCACGGAUCACAGGGGAACAAAGCGAAGAAAACCAUCUGCAAACUGGCAGGUUAGUGGAUCAACGUGUGGAGAACAAACAACAAUAAAGAAAAGGGUAGAAAAUAAUAAAAAUGGAAAUGUCAUUCUUGCAUUAUUGAAACAGACAGGAGACAUUUCUGUGUGUAAAUCAGUGAGAACUAAAUCAACCCUGAGCUGUGGAGAAGUCCAGGCCUCUCCUCUGUGAAGGUGUGAGUCCAUCAUGGUGGACCCAGAGCUUGUUUACCAGACAGACUCUCAUUCAAGAGCUUCAUAUCAGCCUUUUACUCCAGACUGGUGAAUAAUAAAUGUGCUCUGGAUGUAAAUGCAGCCUGUUUGUAGGUUGACGGUGGGAUGUGGGGUGAGAAAUAUUUGCUCUGAGUGAUCAAAUCCUCUCGGCCCAGUAACUCUGCCAAAAAUAGAGCCUCUAUUAAAGGACCUCUGUGUUUUUUCAUGUGUUAUGUCACUUCCCUGAAGGGAGAAUGUCUCAUCUGGAGUCAAAAUCUGUGCGUGAAUAUGUGUUCAUGCAUGCAUGCAUCUCUGAGCCGGCGUUCGGACCCUCCCCCCACAGCCUGCGUCUCUCUUAAGCUCCGGACCGAACGCUGUAAUCCUCUAAUUGAAAACUCUUCCCACUAUUUUAUCCCCUCAUGUUUCAUACAACCAUCCCUCCAUCCCUCCAUCUUUCCCCGCCCCCUUUCGUCAUCUCCACCUGCAGAAUACGUCAACUAUGGUCGACCCCUCAGAGGCAGAGGAGCAGAGUAAGUGUAAGGGCCCGCAGCUCGACACCCCCGCCGUGGCCACCGAGGACCCCCGUCUGCCGGAUCAGGCGGACGGCACCACCACAGAGGAGGACGGGGAUGCCGGUUUUGAGACACCGCCGACUGGCAGCACCGAGCCGAGCCCCUGCCACACUGCAUCCCCUCCAGGACCAGACCCGGCCCCCCAUCAGGGGACUCCAGCUGAGCAACCACAGACUCAGACGGACAAAGAUCAGCCGCCGAAGUUUCACCUGGACCUCUACAACUUUGAUUCGCCCGCCGCCGAGGGCAGCCGCUACGUGCUAACGAGUCCUCGCUCUCUGGAGGCAUGCGCUCGAUGUGGAGUCAAACCGGUGGAGCUGCUGCCUCGCCCACUCGCCGACUUUGCCCGGGAGGCCCCCGGGCGCUCCAUGCGUGUGGCGACGGGUCUGUUUGAAGUCUACGAGAGGGAUCGUCACGCCAAGCUGAGGCAGUGCAGGGAGGAGAGGGAGAGGAUCAUCAGGGAGGAGAAACGGAGGAUCCAGCAGGCGACCGGGAACAGCAGCAGUCCGCCGUCCUCCUCCGUGGAGCAGCACAAAACCUCUUUAGGCGCCACGCAGUCCCCCAAAUCUGGACCUGUGACCUCCAGCUCAGCCCCAGACUUUGGAGCUUCCCCUAAAUCUGCAGCAUCGGGUCCGACCUCGAAAACAGGAAGCGCUCUUUUGCCUAAAGCCACCUCCACCGGUUUUAGCACCUCCCCCAAAUUUGCUCAUUCAGGGUCGACUCCGUCCUCGAAAACUGCUUCGACGACCUCCACGCCGUCCUACAAAGGUGGAUUCCAAGGAUCGACCAAGCAUCCUUCGUCGCCGUCGUCUGAGCAGAUCAAAGCAGCUCGCCCUCUCUCAUCCGGACCUCCACCCGUGGUCAGGAAGUCCUCAGGCGGUAAACCGUCAAAUACUUUCCCCAGACCGACACCCAAACCUCCAUCCUUCCCCAGAGCGAACUCCACCCUGACCUCCUCUGUGACCAAACCAGCGGUCCAAACCCCGGGGACGCCCUUGAACGGCGUGACAGGAGGACUCUUCUCCCAGCACAACGGCCAUCUUGGACUCCACCCCAAAGUGCGAGGAAAAAGCCACUCUUUGGAGUCCUUGCAGCGCAGAGUCGACCCCAUCUGCUCUUCCACCUCCACCACCACAACCACCACCUGCACCUCCUCAGAGUCCGGCGCCUCCUCCUCCUACAGCUGGGAUGGCGCUCGGGAUCACUGGGCCAAGUUCUCCAGUCCACGAGCUCGCACCAUGGCGACCUUCAACUCCCUGAUGGGCCGCAGCCUCAGCCUGGGAGACCUCAGCCACUCCCCUCAGACCACGCAGAAGGUGGAGCGCAUCGUGAAGGAGGUGAGGAAACGCGGGUUGAAGGCGGUGUCCGAGCGUGACCGUAAGAUCGCGGCUCUGAUGCUGGCGAGGUACCAGGAGGAGGACAUCAUGAGUCAGACACGAUACGUCGCUCACCUGCAGUGGGACAGCGAGCGCAGGAUGGACGAGCUUCGGCGGGAGCAGGAGGACAGGGAGAAGCAGCGGGCGGUGCUGGAGUGCCAGAGGGUGUGGCAGACCCAGGUGUCGAUACGCCAGCGGAGACUCAGCCAGCAGGAGCGACUGUCGGCGGCCGCCAAGAUGCGUCAGGUGGAGGAGAGCGAGGGGAGGUGGAAGGAGCUGGCGGAGCAGCAGGAGAGGACCCGUCUGCUGAGGCUGCAGCAGGCCGCCAGGGAGGAGAAGCACAAGAAAGCUCUGCAGGAGCAGAACCUGAAGGCGCUGGAGGAGGAGCGGGCCGCCAUGCUGGAGCAGGAGAGGCUGCUGCUGAAGGAGAAGCUCACCAUCGCCGAGCUGAAGAGACAGGAGAAGGAGCACCAGGUGCAGGAGGACCGGCGAGGCCUGAAUAAAGCGGAGAGGAGACGCCACGCCGCCUUGACUCAGGAGAUCGCCCGCAGAGAGCAGGAGGAGAGGGAGGAGGCCAAGAGGCAGGCGGAGGAGAGGCUCAGCCGCUCUCUGGAGAAUUACGAACAGAUUGUCGAGCGGCGAGGGCAGGAGCUGAAGGAGAAGGCCAAGCGUGAGGAGAAGCAGAUCCAGAAAGCACGCAAGGCCGCGGAGAGGCGUGAGAGGCAGCAGCAGCAGCUCCUGGAGGCUCGUGCGAAGGAGGCGGAGAAACGGGCUCAGCAGGCGGCUUUGGUGGCCGAAGAGCGAGCCAAGGAGAAAGCUCAGCGGGCCGUGCAGAGCCGGCAAGAGAAGGAGAAGCUCCAGAGGCUGAACAGGCAACGUGUGGAGGAAGAGGAGAAGCAGAGGCGCCUGGAGCUGCUGCAGUCCAUCGAGAGGAAGCUGGAGAAGAGCGAGCAGAUCUUCAAGGAGAAGAAGGCGGUGCUGGAGAGCGCCCGGUCUGUGGCCCGAGCUUCAUUCCACGUCCGAGACAAAGUGCGGGAAGAGACGAACAUGCGUACUUUUGAUAAGAUGGCUUUGGAGGCUCAGCUCAAAGCCAGUCUGGAUGAUAAAUAAACCCACGGCUCUCCGUCGUGGACUCUGAUUCUGGUCAUGUGCUUGCCUUCACUGUGGCCCUCAUCAGUCAACAGCUUUACCCUCCAACCAUAAGUGUUACUCUUCCAUUCUUACCCUCAGUUUGUGACAUUUUUAAUCAGUUUUAAGCGAACCAAAUCAUUUUCUACUGCGGACACAUCGAGACUCCAGCUGUCCAAAACCAACACUGAGGCCUGUACGAGACCAAGUUCAUAUUCGAGGAGAGAGAGCCGCAGCACAAACCCUGCUUUCUCUCUCUCACUCUCUCUCUCUUUCUUCGCCCUCUGCUCCGUCUAUCUCAGCGACCGGACUGAAAGCUGUGCAGGAAUUGAAAAGAGUCAUUGUUUACCAGGAAGCACAACUCCAUGACAACUGCAGAGACUUUUAAAGGGAGCACUCUGCGAGAAAAAAAUUAAGUGCAAAUGGUCCCAGUCCCCCAAAGCAACUGUGGGAUCCUUUUAGUACACAGAGCUGGAUAUAGCAUGGCAGUAAAGCCCUCAGCCGGACACGUGUCUGCGCCGUACCGCUGACAUUGCAGCGCAGCAGGGCUGUGCACGAGGCCUGUGCUGAUGAAGCAUCAGCAGGACUGUUCUUCCUCUCCCUCACCCCGCCCCCGUCCCUCCUCAUCAUGUCAGAUUACAGUAAAUAUUGAAUCCUCGGAGAGACAGCCACCUCCUGACUCCGCUGCAGACGAUUUCCUGAUGACCGAGUCAAGAACAUCAGGUACGAGGUUUUAUUUUCUCAAAAUCACAACAUCCAUCUGAUCAAACCUCCUCUUCAGCACUCAUGGAUUCAACAUGCAGGCCAACAUUAGGCUUUAGAGACCUCUGACUGCACUAAUCCCACAAUCUCUCAGAUUAAAAUAAAAGAGAAAAGACAGAUACAUGUGGGAUUUUGCCCUCAGAUGUAGGUGUUGCCAUAGCGAUAGAAAUGAGGAUGGUGCAGGGAAACAUAAGCGUAGAGGGUGCGUGGGAAUCUGAGGGGGCCGCCGGCAGGGAGGCGUCUCUCUGGUGGUUUUAUUCUGCUCGCUCUUGAACAGGAUGUUAUUGGAAACCAUGAUUUUGUUAUAACUAAGGAGGCACAUAAAUUGAAAUAUAUAAUCAGAAAUGAAACAAUGAAGAAAAAUGAUGCAAAAAUGUUAUGAUAAGAUGAUACGAUGUCUAUGGAGGCACACAAAGGACAAACGAGUGACUUUGUGUUUUUUUGGUGGUUGUAUGGCCAUACAGAAGAAUUUGUUUUGAUAGAUUUAUACGACCGCGAAAACUUGAUAAAUGUUUGAUCAUAUUUGUAGUUUUAUCACAGGAGCUUUUUGUCCUUGAAGGCCACCGUCACUUUACCAUCAGGAGGAGUGAGCAAGGGAGCUCUUCAGUCUAGAAUCUGCCCAUUUCUACACACACCAUCUUAUUUUUUAAAUCUAUUUUUCUUUAUAUCGUUUCCAUAUUUUUUUACUUUUUCACACCUGCAUUCCUCUUCAUUAGUGGUCACUUUUUCGACAUCUGAUGCUGAUAAUGAGAGAGUUUGCUUCACUGACAGACAUUUAAUACUGAUUUUACAUUGGUGUUUUUUUUCUGCAGUUAACAAAAUACAAUUUAAUUAAUAAUACUUAUAAAUGAGAGGCAAGAAGAUAGAAAAAUAGUUGGCUCAUUAAAAUAUUACCAGAGAGGACAAAAACUAAAACGCAGGAUGAACAUUUUAAAAAUGUUAAAGAUAAAUCCAUUACUCUAUGAACAUUAAAAUAUAAUUUACAUGGCUGUCUAAUACUCUCUAUUUGAGCUUUUGCAGAUUUGUGUUUUCCUGUCAGAAACCAGAUGUACCGCAGUAGUCCUGCUCCUCUGCAGCAUUUAAGUGACAAAUCCUCUAAAACCUUCACCUACAUCCUGUCCCUGUUCCUGCAGCUCCCAUUAAGGUUGCUCUGCAGAAAGAGAAAAAUCCAGCUUGAGUUUUCUGAACCACGGCGUUAGUGCAGCAGAGGACUGAUGGACAGGCUUACAGCUCUGACUGAGCUCAGCUGUUCCCACCAGAUAAUCAGGGGGAGGUGAAGUAAGGUUAGAGGCAUGAGGCUGCAGAUUUAUACUGACUUAUGGCAGCAAAUAAAAAAAUGUAGUCUAAAAAAGGUUGUUUUAAAACAGGGCAAAAUGAUGUAAUCAGCUGUAAGUGCAAUAUGAGGACUAUUAGGGCCACGUUAAAUAAUUUUUUUAAACACUUAAGGUUAAAGUUAGAAACUCACAAGAAUGAAUUGAUAAAAUGUGAAGAAUAUAGUCGUGAAAUUUCGGGAAAAAAGUCAUAAACUUGUAAAAAUAAAGUCAGACAAUAAAGUAAUAGAUUUAUAAGAAUAAAAUCAUUAAGAAGAUAAAGUUGUAUACUUAUGAGGGUAAGUCGUAAACUUCAAUCAAUUUAAAACAUUAUUUGUCAGAGUAUAUUGUAAAAUAUGUCAUUGUAAAUGAUGUCGAAAAAUGUCAGUUUCGUAUGUUAAAAAAGGCAUAUUAAGGUAUGAUACAAAAUGUCAUAGUAUAGUGUGAUAAAUAAAAUGUCUUAGUAUAGAAUGAUAAAAAAUGUCAUAGUAUAGUAUGUUAAAAAUGUCAUCCUACAGUAAGUUAAAUAAUGUCAUAGUAUAGUAUGAUAAAAAAUGUCUUAGUAUUGUACCAUCAAAAAAUGUCAGUAUAGAUUGUUAAAAAAAUGUCAUAGUUUAGUAUGAUAAAAAAAAGUAAUAGUAUAGUAUGUUAAAAAUGUCAUAGUAUAGUAUGAUAAAAAUGUCUUAGUAUAGAAUGAUAAAAAAUGUCAUAGUAUAGUAUGUUAAAAAAUAUCAUAGUAAAGUAUGAGAGAAAAUGUCAUACUAUACUAUGUUAAAAAGUCAUAGUAUUAUUUGUAAAAAAUUUUCAUGAAUAGUUAAUGUUAAAUGUUAAAAAAUGUCAUCGUAUAGUCUGUUAAAAAUGUCAUAGUUUUGUAUGAUAAAAAAAGUCAUAGUAUAGUAUUAUAAAAAAUGUCAUAGUAUAGUAUGAUUAAAAUGUUUUAGUAUAGAAUGAUUAAAAAAUGUCAUAGUAUAGUAUGAUAAAAACUGUCAUAGUAUAGCAUGAUAAAAAAUUUUAUAGUAUGGUAUGAUCAAAAAUGUCAUAGUAUAGUAUGAUAAAAGAUGUCAUAGUAUAGUCUGUUAAAAAUGUCAUAGUUUUGUAUGAUAAAAAAUGUGAUAGUAUAGUGUGAUAAAAAAUGUCAUAGUAUAGUGUGACGAAAAAAGUCAUAGUAUAGUAUGACUAAAAUUGUCAUAGCAUAGUAUCAUGACAAAUGUCAUAGUAUAGCAUGAUAAAAAAUUUUAUAGUAUAGUAUGAUCAAAAAUGUCAUAGUAUAGUAUGAUAAAAACUGUCAUAGUAUAGUCUGUUAAAAAUGUCAUACUAUAGAAUGUAAAAUAAUGUCAUAGUAUAGAAUGAUAGAAAAUGUCUUACUAUAGUACCAUCAAAAAUGUCAUAGUAUAGAUUGUUAAAAAAUGUCAUACUAUAGUAUGAUAGAAAAUGUCAAACUAUACUAUGUUGAAAAUGUCAUAGUAUAGAAUGAUUAAAUUUGUCAUAGUAUAGUAUUAUAGAAAAUGUCAUACUAUAAUAUGUUACAAAAUUACAUAGUAUAGUAUGACGAAAAAUGUCAUGGCAUAGUAUGAUAAAAAAUGUCAUAGUAUAGUAUGACGAAAAAUGUCAUAGUAUAGUAUGACUAAAAAUGUAUAGUAUGUUAAAAAAUGUCAUAGUAUAGUAUGAUAGAAAAUGUCAUACUAUACUAUGUUAAAAAUGUCAUAGUAUAGAAUGAUGAAAUUUGUCAUAGUAUAGUAUUAAAGAAAAUGUCAUACUAUAGUAUGUUACAAAAUUACAUAGUAUAGUAUGACGAAAAAUGUCAUGGCAUAGUAUGAUAAAAAAUGUCAUAGUAUAGUAUGAUAAAAAAUGUCUUAGUAUAGUAUGACUAAAAAUGUAUCGUAUGUUAAAAAAUGUCAUAGUAUAGUAUGAUAGAAAAUGUCAUACUAUACUAUGUUAAAAAUGUCAUAGUAUAGAAUGAUGAAAUUUCUCAUAGUAUAGUUUUAAAGAAAAUGUCAUACUAUAAUAUGUUACUAAAUGACAUAGUAUAGUAUGACGAAAAAUGUCAUAGCAAAGUAUGAUAAAAAAUGUCAGUAUAGUAUGAUGAAAAAUGUCGUAGUAUAGUAUAAUAAUAAAUGUCAUAGUAUAGUAUUUUAAAAAAUGUCAUAGCAUAGUAUGAUAAAAAAUGUCAUAGUAUAGUGUGACGAAAAAUGUCAUAGUAUAGUAUGACUAAAAAUGUCAUAGCAUAGUAUCAUGAAAAAUGUCAUAGUAUAGCAUGAUAAAAAAUUUUAUAGUAUAGUAUGAUCAAAAAUGUCAUAGAAUAGUAUGAUAAAAAAUGUCAUAGUAUAGUCUGUUAAAAAUGUCAUACUAUAGAAUGUUAAAUAAUGUCAUAGUCUAGUAUGAUAAAAAAUGUCUUAGUAUAGUACCAUCAAAAAUGUCAUAGUAUAGAUUGUUAAAAAAUGUCAUAGUAUAGUAUGAUAGAAAAUGUCAAACUAUACUAUGUUGAAAAUGUCAUAGUAUAGAAUGAUUAAAUUUUUUCAUAGUAUAGUAUUAUAGAAAAUGUCAUACUAUAGUAUGUUACAAAAUUACAUAGUAUAGUAUGACGAAAAAUGUCAUGGCAUAGUAUGAUAAAAAAUGUCAUAGUAUAGUAUGACGAAAAAUGUCAUAGUAUAGUAUGACUAAAAAUGUAUAGUAUGUUAAAAAAUGUCAUAGUAUAGUAUUAAAGAAAAUGUCAUACUAUAGUAUGUUAAAAAAUGACAUAGUAUAGUAUGACGAAAAAUGUCAUAGCCAAGUAUGAUAAAAAAUGUCAUUGUACAGUAUGAUAAAAAAUGUCCUAGUAUAGUAUGACCUUAAAAUGUCAUGGUAUAGUAUGACCUUAAAAUGUCAUGGUAUAGUAUGACUAAAACUGUCAUAGCAUAGUAUGAUGAAAAAUGUCAUAGUAUAGUAUGAUUAAAAAUGUCAUAGUAUAGUAUGACGAAAAAUGUCAUAGUAUAGUAUGACUAAAAAUGUAUAGUAUGUCAAAAAAUGUCAUAGUAUAGUUUGUUAAAAAAUGUCAUAGUAUAGUAUGAUAAAAAAUGUCAUAGUUUUGUAUGAUAAAAAAGCCAGUAUAGUAUUAUAAAAAAUGUCAUAGUAUAGUAUGUUAAAAAAUGACAUAGUAUAGUAUGAUCAAAAAUGUCAUAGUAUAGUAUGAUAAAAAAUGUCAUAGUAUAGUCUGUCAAAAAUGUCAUAGUUUUGUAUGAUUAGAAAUGUCAUAGUAUAGUCUGUUAAAAAUGUCAUAGUAUAGAAUGUUAAAUAAUGUCAUAGUCUAGUAUGAUAAAAAAUGUCUUAGUAUAGUACCAUCAAAAAUGUCAUAGUAUAGAUUGUUAAAAAAUGUCAUAGUAUAGUAUGAUAGAAAAUGUCAAACUAUACUAUGUUGAAAAUGUCAUAGUAUAGAAUGAUUAAAUUUUUUCAUAGUAUAGUAUUAUAGAAAAUGUCAUACUAUAGUAUGUUACAAAAUUACAUAGAAUAGUAUGACGAAAAAUGUCAUGGCAUAGUAUGAUAAAAAAUGUCAUAGUAUAGUAUGACGAAAAAUGUCAUAGUAUAGUAUGACUAAAAAUGUAUAGUAUGUUAAAAAAUGUCAUAGUAUAGUAUGAUAGAAAAUGUCAUACUAUACUAUGUUAAAAAUGUCAUAGUAUAGAAUGAUGAAAUUUGUCAUAGUAUAGUAUUAAAGAAAAUGUCAUACUAUAGUAUGUUACUAAAUGUCAAAGUAUAGUAUGACGAAAAAUGUCAUAGCAAAGUAUGAUAAAAAAUGUCAUAGUAUAGUAUGAUAAAAAAUGUCUUAGUAUAGUAUGAUGAAAAAUGUUGUAGUAUAGUAUAAUAAUAAAUGACAUAGUUUAGUAUUUUAAAAAAUAUAUUUAAGUGUGAUAAGAAUUGUCAUAGUAUAGUAUGAUAAAAUUUUAUAGUAUUGUUUGUUAAAAAAUGUCAUAGUAUAGUCUGUUAAAAAUGUCAUAGUUUUGUAUGAUAAAAAAUAUCACAGUAUAGUAUUAUAAAAAAUGUCAUAGUAUAGUAUGUUAAAAAAUGACAUAGUAUAGUAUGAUGAAAAAUGUCAUAGUAUAGUAUGACUAAAAAUGUCACAGUAUAGUCUGUAAAAAAAUAAAAAUUUCAUAGUAUAGUAUGACCUAAUAAUGUCAUGGUAUAGUAUGACUAAAACUGUCAUAGCAUAGUAUGAUGAAAAAUGUCAUAGUAUAGUAUGAUAAAAAAUGUCAUAGUAUAGUAUGACGAAAAAUGUCAUAGUAUAGUAUGACUAAAAAUGUAUAGUAUGUCAAAAAAUGUCAUAGUAUAGUUUGUUAAAAAAUGUCAUAGUAUAGUAUGAUAAAAAAUGUCAUAGUUUUGUAUGAUAAAAAAGCCAGUAUAGUAUUAUAAAAAAUGUCAUAGUAUAGUAUGUUAAAAAAUGACAUAGUAUAGUAUGAUCAAAAAUGUCAUAGUAUAGUAUGAUCAAAAAUGUCAUAGUAUAGUCUGUCAAAAAUGUCAUUGUUUUGUAUGAUUAGAAAUGUCAUAGUAUAGUCUGUUAAAAAUGUCAUAGUAUAGUAUGUUAAAAAAUGUCAUAGUAUAGUAUAAUUAAAAAUGUCAGUAAAGUAUGAUUAAAAUGUUUUAGUAUAGAAUGACUAAAAAAUGUCAUAGUAUAGUAUGUUAAAAAAUGUCAUAGUAUAGUAUGAUAAGAACUGUCAUAGUAUAGCAUGAGAAAAAAAUUUAUAGUAUAGUAUGAUCAAAAAUGUCAUAGUAUAGUAUGAUAAAAAAUGUCAUAGUAUAGUCUGUUAAAAAUGUCAUAGUUUUGUAUGAUAAAAAAUGUGAUAGUAUAGUGUGAUAAAAAAUGUCAUAGAAUAGUAUGUAAAAUAAUGUCAUAGUAUAGUAUGACGAAAAAUGUCAUAGUAUAGUAUGACUAAAAAUGUCACAGUAUAGUCUGUUAAAUAAUGUCAUUGUACAGUAUGAUAAAAAAUGUCAUAGCAUAGUAUGACCUAAAAAUGUCAUGGUAUAGUAUGACUAAAACUGUCAUAGCAUAGUAUGAUGAAAAAUGUCAUAGUAUAGUAUGAUAAAAAAUGUCAUAGUAUAGUAUGAUAAAAAAAAUGUCUGAGUAUAGUAUUUUAAAAAAACGUCAUUUUAUAGUAUGACAAAAAAUGUCAUAGUGUAGUAUGAUAAAAAAGGUCAUAGUAUAAUCUGUUAAAAAAGUCAUAGUUUUGUAUGACAAAAAAUGUCAUAGUAUAGUAUGUUAAAAAAUGUCAUAGUAUAGUAUGAUAAAAAUUGUCAUAGUAUAGCAUGAUAAAAAAUGUUAUAGUUUAAUAUGUUGAAUAAUGUCAUACUAUAGUAUGAUAAAAAAUGUCAUUGUAUAGUACGAUCCAAAAAUGUCAGUAUAGUAUUAUAAAAAAUGUCAUAGUAUAGUAUGUUAAAAAAAAUUCAUAGUAUAGUAUGAUAAAAAAUGUCAUAGUAUAGCAUGAUAAAAAAUUUUAUAGUAUGGUAUGAUCAAAAAUGUCAUAGUAUAGUCUGUUAAAAAUGUCAUAGUUUUGUAUGAUAAUAAAUGUGAUAGUAUAGUGUGAUUAAAAAUGUCAUAGAAUAGUAUGUAAAAUAAUGUCAUAGUAUAGUAUGAAGAAAAAAGUCAUAGUAUAGUAUGAUAAAAAAUGUCAUAGUAUAGUAUGACAAAAAAUGUCAUAGCAUAGUAUGAUAAAAAAUGUCAUAGUAAAGUAUGAUGAAAAAUGUCAUAGUAUAGUCUGUUAAAAAUGUCAUAGUAUAGUUUGUUAAAAAAUGUCAAAGUAUAGUAUGAUAAAAAAUGUGAUAGUAUAGUGUGAUAAAAAAUGUCAUAGAAUAGUAUGUAAAAUAAUGUCAUAGUAUAGUAUGAAGAAAAAUGUCAUAGAUAGUAUGACUAAAAUGUCAUAGCAUAGUAUGAUAAAAAAUGUCAUAGUAUAGUAUGUUCAAAAAUGUCAUAGUAUAGUAUGAUAAAAAAAUGUUUGAGUAUAGUAUGAUAAAAAAUGUCAUAGUGUAGCAUGAUAAAAAAUGUUGUAGUUUAAUAUGUUGAAUAAUGUUAUAUUAUAGUAUGAUAAAAAAUGUCAUAAUAUAGAAUGAUUAAAAAUUGUCAUAGUAUAGAAUGAUUAAAUAUUGUCAUAGUUUAGUAUGAUAAAAAUGUCAUGGAUUAUCAUUUUUUAAAAAAAGGUCAUAGUAUAGUUGGAUAAAAGAAUCUCAUAGUAUGGUAUGUCAAAAAAUGUCUUAGUAUAGUUCAAUAAAAAUGUAACUUAGAUGUAACACCGGACUAUCCCUUUAAUGAUUUCUAACUUGUCAAAAUCAGGAUUCAAGUACCUGAAAUUUUGAGGCAGUUUUAAAAUGAAUUACUGUGUGACACUCAUGAUACAGUUUCUACAUUUCUUGUCUUUUUUCUCGUGCAACUUCAGGAUAACUUAACUGACACUCAUCACACUUUUAAUUUAUGCUCUGUGCAGGUCCUGGAGAAGACAAAGAGCUGUAAAUGUGACUUACGACCCCUGUGACAGAGCCUCUCUUCUCACUAUGAACUCUAUCAAACUCAAAGGUCUCUCCUCUGAUGAAAAACGUCCAUAUCAAGACUCUUUAGUCAUUUCUAACUAGUACCAGUGCCAUCACCUCUGUGCUGCUGAGACCUGGAACCUGACGUGAACCCACAGCCUUUUACCCGCAGAAAUGAGGAGACAUGUUUGAGGUUCAAACACAGCUUUAUUAGCGUCAAGGCAUGUUGUCCAGGCCAUCGUAAGUUCCCUGUUUCUUUCCCCUGACAUGUGGGCUUCUUCCUCUUUAUUAUUUCUGCCGUUCACUUACACGGUCAUUUGUACAUUAUCAUACAGUGCUUGUGUGGGUGAAUUUUAUUGUGUUGCGUUGUUGAGGACAGAUUUUUUUUUGGAUGUAGCAAUGAUGAAAAUGGUCAAGUUAGAUAUCAGAUACAUGUGUGAGUUCUUUGUUUUAAUAAAACCUCUGUAAAAGUGAAAGAAACAAUCAAAACCGCAACAAUAAAGAAAACAUUUUACAAGAUA